UUCAAGUUGCUACCGUAGCCUAAUGAAAGCCUACUUCCUUUCUCAAAUGGCCACAUAACUCCUCUCUGCGCCAUUAGCUGGUAAUUUUAAUGGCCGCGAUAUCAAAGCUAACAAGAGAAAAUGCCUUACUCCGACGUCUCAAAUCCCUUGUAUCCUUGCAGAAAUUUAAACAUACAUUUGCUGGAUGUGAACGUCAGUCUCAGGUAUCCUUACAGAAUCUUAAACAUACAUUUGCUGAAUGUGAACGUCAGUCUCAGGUAUACUUACAGAAAUUUAAACGUACAUUUGUUGAGUGUGAAAGUCAGUCUCAGGUUUCCGGUGAUACGGUUACUGCGUCCGUGAUCGAAGCAGGUCAAAUCGAUUUCUCAAAAUGGAAGAAGCUGGACUCAAGGAACUUUGGGAUUAGCAGAUCAAUGAUAUCACCAUCUGCCUGGGUUGUUCUGAAGAUUCUGCAUUAUGAAGGGUUUGAAGCAUACCUGGUUGGUGGAUGUGUCAGAGAUCUAAUUCUCAAUAGAAUACCAAAAGAUUUUGAUAUAAUCACAAAUGCAAGACUUCCACAGAUAAAAAAGCAAUUUCAUCGUUGUGAAAUAGUUGGACGAAGGUUUCCAAUAUGUAGAGUGCAUGCCAAAGGUUCUAUUGUUGAGGUAUCAAGUUUUGAUACUGUGGCAAAACAUGCUGAAAAGGAAGAGGAACACUUUGAUUCUAAAAUGCCUGAGGGAUGUGCUCAGAAAGAUUUCAUUCUCUGGAAGAAUUCCAUGCAGAGAGACUUCACUGUUAACAGCUUAUUUUUCAAUCCGUUCGUGAAUAGAAUCUAUGAUUAUGCCGAUGCAACGGGGGACCUAAGAUCCUUAAAGCUACGGACUUUAGUACCUGCUCACUUGUCAUUUGGAGAGGAUUGUGCAAGAAUCUUGCGUGGCUUGAGAUUGGCUGCUCGUCUUAACUUAUCCUUUACAAAAGAGAUAGAAGAUGCGAUGCAUGAGCUCUCAUCAAACAUCCUGAGCUUGUCCAAGUCUAGAAUAAUGAUGGAACUAAACUAUAUGAUGUCAUAUGGGGCUGCGGAGCCUUCUCUUUCUUUACUUCAUAGAUACAAUAUCCUUGAGAUUCUGUUGCCAUUUCAGGGAGCAUAUCUUGCUCAACAGGCUAGCAAACAAUUGGAUAAAAGUUCUGUGAUGCUGAUGAAACUAUUUUCCAGCUUGGAUCAAUUGGUCACCUGCGAUCAACCUUCGCAUGAUAGUGUGUGGGUUGCACUCUUGGCGUUUCAUCUGGCAUUGAUCACACAUCCCCAACAUGCGUUUGUCAUCCUGACUUUUGCUUCCGUAUUGUAUCGCGCAAAUUGGGAGGAAGCUGUUAAAUUUGCAAAAAAGCAUUCUAAGGGUGCAGCUGUUUAUGGACCUGAAUUCUCUGAUUCUCAAGGCUCCAUUUCAGAUGAUGAACUUGCAACAAAAGUUGCACAGCUGGCAGUGCAAGUCCAAAAAUCUAUAAACAUUUUAGCUGACAGGGACAGCCUUCUGGAAGCAAUGUCCAAGUUCCCAGGAGCCCCAUGCUCUGGUUUGGUCUUUGUAUCAAACAAAAUGGGCAACAAUGUCGAGUUUAUGUUUGACAGUCUGGUGAAAGAUGUUACAUCUCUCAAAACUAGGAGGAACAUUUACAAUAUAGAUUACAGUUCUCUUGGAAGAGGACACAUUCGUGAGACGAGGCUUUUUCUUGGCAAAGUCAUCCUAGAUACUAUAGUUCCUGGAGUUACCCCAGUUGUUAAAGUGAUCAAAAAGGGGAACCAUAUCCUGCUUGAAGUUGAUGAUCAACAGAAGGAAAAUGCUUCUCAGGAGAAUUUCCAUGAAAAUUUGGAGCUAAUAAAGCCGGAGUUUGUGUCAGACGAUGAUUUUGAAGAGCUUAAUGAAAAUUAUGAACUCCAGCACAAUAUUUUUGAGAAGAAAAAGUUAAAUCAGAAGGGAUGUAGUGAUUUGGUGGAGGCAGCAUCAAAGAAUCAGAAGAUUGUUGCUGCUAUCAAGAAGCAAGAUUUGAUUGAUGAUACAGAUACUGUAAAUAAGAUGAAAUCUAAGGGCGAGUGUGCUCAGUUGCCUAAGGAUGAAAUAAGGAUGCUACUGGAAGAGGUGAAAUAUGUAACAGGAAAGGAGAAAAAGAACGAUGAGAAGUUUCAGAAGACUGCCAUUAACCCUUUGAGUCUUUUGAUGAAUAAUGUGGCUACUAAGGAUCGCAAAUUCACAGAGAAGCACGAUUCCUUGCAAGAACAUAGUAUUGAAGAAGUAAAUGAGAAGUUAGAUAGUAAGAAUCAUAAUUCUCAGGGGAUGAAAUUGGCUUCAGCUGAGAAGAGCAUACAGACGGUUAGCGAUCGGACACUUUCAGCUCUUUUCAGGUGAAUCUAGUCCUGUUUGUUGUAAAUUAGAUAUUCUUCAAGUAGCAAGAGUAAAAUCUGAUCAACUGUAUUUAUCCUGUGGUUAUUGCAUGUUAUACCAAUAGAACCUAAUCCUUGGUAGAUGGCAAUAGACCGGUUGUGAUUGCCAUUUUUUGACAUUGAAAUAACUUAUCAAAUAGCUAGUAGCUUCAAUUGUGAUCUUUGGCAGUAGUUCAUCUUCAUGUUUGGAGUGGAAUCAAAUAUCAAUAUUCGCGUGUUAAUUCAUGGCUAA